AUGGGCAACAGCCUGAGGUGCUGCCUUGCCUGCGUCCUCCCCUGCGGCUCCUUCGACGUGGUCCGCAUCGUCCACCUCAACGGCCACAUCGAGGAGUACGCGCGCCCGGUCACCGCUGGCGAGGUCAUCGCCGCGCACCCCAGCCAUGUCCUGAGCCGGCCGUGCUCCCAGGGCGGCGCGCGGCGGAUCUUGAUCGUCUCGCCCGAGUCUGAGCUCAAGCGCGGGUGCUUCUACUUCCUCGUGCCGGCUUCGUCGGUGCCGGAGAAGAAGAAGAGGAAGCCGUCGUCGUCGACCCCGUGCCCGCGGCCACAGCAGAAGAAGGCGCCACGGCCACGGCCGCCGGCGCCGGCGCCUAAGGCCGUGCCGGCCGGUGAUGCUACCGGUGCGGCGAAGGCUGCCGCGAGCGACGGCGGCGACAGCUACCUGGCGGAGGUGUUGUCGGAGAGCAAGGCCACCAGCUGCAAGCGCCGCCGGAGUGUCCGCGCCACGGUGUGGCGGCCGCACCUCCAGAUCAUCGCGGAAGAAGACGCCUCUGAGUGA